AUUACAUUUGCUGUUCCGAACUCAAUUUACUUGUGCAAAACGCGGUAAACGAUUAUGAAGUUUCACUGCUACAUCGAGAUUUACGACAGAACAUUAUCUGUUUGCUCGCAGAGAAAGUCACAAUCGAUUUUAGCAUUCAUGAAGAAAUCGAUCGAAGAUGACAAUGUGACUCUGUAUCUGCAAACACGACAGAAUAAGCAUGGCACUAAGUAUCAGAUUGUUAAUAAUGUUGAAAAAGUGUUCACGAAGUUUAUCGCCGAUGGCAAAGUUACAAUAAGACUGACACAACCUUGUCACGAUCUGAUAAUUCAGAGUGAUUUAAUUCAAUUGAAUAGCUUUCUUCGUAUAUUGAAUUAUGUAGUAAAUAAACAUUCUCAGCAUAGUGACGCUGUAAUGAACCAGUACAUGGUUAUGCCUAAUGUGGUUUUCAACUCGAGUCAUUUCUCCUUGAGAAAAGUCAAAGUUGUAGUGAAGAAAAAAUCUGAAUAUCCAACAUUACAAGGUUUUCCAAGAACUACAGAGCAACUAAUUUUAAGUGGACUAAGCAGGAAGUCAUUUGAUCGACAAAUUUUGCAUUUGCAAAGUCUAAGAAUUCUAGAUUUGUCAGACAAUAACAUCUCUUAUUUGCCAAAGGAGUUAGGCACUUUACCUCAUCUUCAAAAACUUCUACUGUCACAAAAUAAUCUUGGAAAAUCACCUAGAUCCAAGUGGACAUGGCUAGAACAAACUGCCAUUAAGCACAAUUUGCAUUUCUUAGAUAUAAGUAGUAAUUUAUUAACUAAAUUGCCAAUACAAAUCAAAAACCUAAGUGCCUUGGUGCAUCUAAAUGUUAGCCAAAAUGCAUUGAUACAUCUACCACAUAAUAUUAGAAUUCUACAAAAUCUAAGAGUUUUGGAUGUAGCAAAAAACAAUUUACUGUAUUUACCAGUGACCAUCACACAUCUGCGAUUACAGCUUUUAGAUGUUACAGAAAAUCCGUUUAUCAAAGUCAUUAAAAAUGAUGUUUGUGAUAGUGAUAGUAUAAUGACAAUAAGGAUGACAAAUCUUGUAGAAUGGUCAGCUAAAAGCAUUCUGAAGUCUAGGAUAACAUAUGAUGCAAGUAUAAUACCGUAUACAUUGGUGAAUUAUUUGGAUGAAGCUAAAUGCUGUCACUCAUGCAAAACUGCAUGUUUUGAUAAUUAUAUAAGGAAGCUCAUAUAUCUACCUCUACUAUGUGUAGAGAUAAAAACGUCAGUAUUUACGUCAGCUUUCAAAUUUGAAUCCUAUUUUUGUUCGUUACUCUGUGCUAGCAAUUAUCCUGUGUCGAAUACAAGAUUUUAG